GACAUGACAAGUGCGAGGCUGCAAAGUGGAGUCGAUUUCUGUUCCCGGGGUCUCUCAUACGGUCCUAUCAUUCUGGGUGUCAAUAUAAAGAGCGAUAUUAACGCCCAUCCUACACCCCACAUACAGAAGCAGCUCUCGUUUAACUCUUUCUCGUUCUCCACUGUUAUCCUGGUUUCCCUUUUAUUAUCCCCUGUGCUUUUCGAUUCCCAUCUUCAGUCCUCUUCUAGAUACGCCGACAGUUCCCUGCCUAGGUAUCCCUACGAUUCAAGAUGCGUAUCUCUACCAUGAUGCCGCUCAUCCCGGCCCUUCUUCCUGUAGUGUUUGCUGCACCACAGCAGCCCAUGUUCACCAACACUACCGAGUUGCCAACUCACUUCGCCAUGCUUCUAAUUCCACAAUUCCAGGCGCUGGACGUCUUCGGCCCCCUAGAUGUGCUCAACAUGCUCUCUAUGCUAUACAAAAACCAUACCACCAUGACUCUCACCAUGCUCAGCAAGAACAUGGAACCAGUGAGCACCACAAAUAGGGCCCUUCUGGGCAAAGCUGGCUUCGGCGAAGAAGUUCUUCCGACCAACACCUUCGCUGAAGUCCUCGGAAAGAAGAAGAGCUGCCCGGCUGCGCCAGCUGGGGGUUAUGCUCAAUCCGAGCCGCCUACGAACCAAACCGCGCCCACAAACAAGGACAUCGAGGUCUUGCUUGUCCCCGGCGGCGCUGGCAGCAGACAGAACAUGACCGAGGAAAUUGCGUUCGUGAAGGAAAUAUAUCCCAAGCUGAAGUACCUCAUCUCCAUCUGCACCGGCGCAACCAUUCUCUCCCGCGCGGGCGUGCUGGACGGUAGGAACGCUACUACCAACAAGCGCUCCUGGGCCUGGGCGACCUCGACAGGCCCCAAUGUCAAAUGGGUGCCGUCGGCACGAUGGGUGGAAGACGGCAACAUCUUCACCUCGAGCGGCGUUUCAGCUGGUACUGAUGUGACCAUGGCUUGGGUCGGCAAGAUCUAUGGAGAGGAGGUCGCAGACUUUGUGGCAGCCAGCAUGGAGUAUGAGCGCUGGACAGACCCGCACAGGGACCCGUUUGCCAAGGUUUGGGACGUGCCCGGUGCGGUGUAAGAGCACUGUCCGUUUCGGGAGAGCCAGGAGUGAUACAUGCGCCCGAGGGGUUCAAUAGAAGUGGGAUGAACACGUGUCGUGCAAAACUUAGCAAGUGGAUGAUGAGAUGAAAGU